GCGGGACGAACCGGAAGAAGGUGAAAUGCUUUGGGUAGGCACUCCAAGGCUGUGAAGAUGGCGGCAGCUGCGUGGCUUCAGGUGCUGCCUGUCAUUCUUAUUCUUCUGGGGGCUCAGAGGUCCCGACUGUCGCUUUUCAGUGUAGGACCGGCACCCGUCGCUGCUGCCGACCGAUCCAAGUGGCACAUUCCGAUAACGUCGGGGAAAAAUUAUUUUGGUUUUGGGAAGAUUCUCUUCAAAAAUACCACUAUCUUCCUGAAAUUUGAUGGAGAACCUUGUGAUGUAUCUUUGAAUAUAACCUGGUAUCUGAAAAGUGCUAACUGUUACAAUGAAAUAUACAACUUCAAGACAGAAGAAGUGGAGACAUACUUGGAAAAUCUUAAGGAAAAAAAAGACGUGUCUGGGAAGUAUCAAACAUCAUCAAAAUUAUUCCAGAACUGCAGUGAACUCUUUAAAACACAGAGCUUUUCCAGAGAUUUUGUGCAUCGAUUGCCUCUUUUAGGAGAGAAACAGGAGGCUAAGGAGAAUGGAACAAAUCUUACCUUUACUGGAGACAAAACUGUAAUGCAUGAUCCAUUGAAAACUUGGCAAGAUGCACCAUACAUUUUUAUUGUACAUGUUGGCAUUUCCUUCUCCAAGGAAUUAUCAAAAGAAAAUCCAUCACUUAAUCUUUUUACCAUGACUGUUGAAGUGAAAGGUCCCUAUGAAUACCUGACACUUGAGGAAUAUCCAUUGAUGAUUUUUUUCAUGGUGAUGUGUAUUGUGUAUGUCCUGUUUGGUGUUCUGUGGCUUGCAUGGUCUGCUUGCUACUGGAGAGAUCUCCUGAGAAUUCAGUUUUGGAUUGGUGCUGUCAUCUUCCUGGGAAUGCUUGAGAAAGCUGUCUUCUAUGCAGAAUUUCAGAAUAUCCGAUACAAAGGAGAAUCUGUCCAAGGGGCCCUGAUCCUUGCAGAGCUUCUUUCGGCAGUUAAACGCUCACUGGCUCGAACCCUGGUCAUCAUAGUCAGUCUGGGAUAUGGCAUAGUCAAGCCUCGCCUUGGAGUCACUCUUCACAAGGUUGUAGUAGCAGGAGCCCUUUAUCUUUUGUUCUCUGGCAUGGAAGGGGUCCUCAGAGUUACUGGGGCCCAGACUGAUCUUGCUUCCUUGGCCUUUAUCCCCUUGGCUUUCCUAGACACUGCCCUGUGCUGGUGGAUAUUUAUUAGCCUGACUCAAACAAUGAAGCUAUUAAAACUUCGGAGAAACAUUGUAAAACUCUCUUUGUACCGACAUUUCACCAACACGCUUAUCUUGGCAGUUGCAGCAUCUAUUGUGUUUAUCAUCUGGACAACCAUGAAGUUCAGGAUAGUGACUUGUCAGUCGGAUUGGCGGGAGCUGUGGGUGGAUGAUGCCAUCUGGCGGUUGCUGUUCUCCAUGAUCCUCUUUGUCAUCAUGGUUCUCUGGCGACCAUCUGCAAAUAACCAGAGGUUUGCCUUUUCACCCUUGUCUGAGGAAGAGGAGGAGGAUGAACAAAAGGAGCCUAUGCUGAAAGAAAGUUUUGAAGGAAUGAAAAUGAGAAGUACCAAACAAGAACCAAAUGGAAAUAGUAAAGUAAGCAAAGCACAGGAAGAUGAUUUAAAGUGGGUAGAAGAAAAUGUUCCUUCUUCUGUAACAGAUGUAGCACUUCCAGCCCUUCUGGAUUCAGAUGAGGAACGAAUGAUCACGCACUUCGAAAGGUCCAAAAUGGAGUAAAGAAUGGGAAGAUUUGCAAUUGAAGAUGGCUAGUAUCUGGGAAGAGAUCAGCUUCUGUGUCAGUCUUUACACUGCUCCUUGGAAUUAAAGGAGGCAAUGACAUCCUGAUCUGUUCCUUGAGCUUUGUGCAUUGGAGCUGGCUAGAGGUGUUGAAACAAGGAGAACAUUCUGUUGAAAACAAGUUCAUAGGAUGAGAAAAAUCUACAAGUUUUUAAUUUGCAGCAUUGAUGCCCCUUUCCCUCCCACACUCUGACAUGGAUGUUUAUGCAACUAUGUGUGUUGUUCCUGAACCUUCUAGAAUGUUUAGAUUGUUUAAUCUGUCAAACUAAAACGUCUAACAUCUUCUAAAGAACUGUGACGUCAACGCCGUAAUAAUAUCCAGGAGCAACUGCCUGUAACUUUAUUUGGGGAGUUACAUAGGUGAUGGGGGAAGUUAUUAUCUUCGCAUUUCCUGGGAAGUGAAGAUUAAAUCUUGCAGAGGUAGUCUUGAGAAAAGAGUCCUGAGUUAAGGAGCCAUAGUUUUAUCAAUGAUUAAAAGAACAACAACAAAAAAAAGAGAAAGAGACUGUUACAGUGUGAUUCAGAUUAUUUGAAAAAGCAAAAUCAAGUGCAAUUUUGUUUACAAAUGGUGUAUAUUAAAGAUUUUUCUAUUUCAGAUGUACUUUAGAGAAAAAUAUUAGCUUGACUCUUUUGACAUCUGCUAUUGUGACACAUCCCAUUGCUGGCAAUGUGGUGCACACUCCAAAACUUUUAACUACUGUUUUGUAAGCCUCCAAGGGCAGCAUUGCGGAUUCCGAAGCAAUGCUUUGUUUGCCUUCAUGCCUUUCACUGGGUGUUGCACUAGAUGCAUAGAGGCACUCCAUCUUAAGUGCAUGUGAGUGAGCACCCUGCUAAAGGGAUUUAAUGCUUCAGAAGCAGGAGCUAAUACAAAGGAAACAGGUCCUUCUGGUUUAAACGUUUUUUUCUGCAUGAAAUAGUGUGGAGGCCCUGGACUGCUGCUCAUUUUUAGAAUCGACUGUUAUUAUAUCUGGUGAUGGCUUAGAGAUUGUUUAUAAGAAACAUCACAAGGUGAUGGGAUUCAUUUGAAGCACUAUUUGUUUGAAUGGCUUUGUCCAAUUUUGCCUCCCCACGAUUUUUGUUCUACAUAGAAAGUUCAUGCCACUUUUUAAUAUUAAAAAAAUUUUAACAAAAUUAA